GAAUAUCAAACAAUAAAAAAAACAACAACAACAACAAUAACGAGAAAUGAAAAUUCGAAAAAAACGAUAUAAACAAUUCAACCCAAUAUCAUUUUCUUCUAUUACCAACAACUAGAUUUGUUCAUUCUCUGUCAUUCAGUCAGUCAGUCAUCAUUAUCAUCAGUUAUCCUGGAAAUAAUUCAUUCUCAUAAUAUAAUUUUCCCCACCCAAACUGUUUGUAGAUUUAGAAAAAGAAAAAAAAGAUUCGCCUGAUUUCAUUAUUCAUCACAAUCAUUAUCAUCAAUAACAACAAAAAAAAUCAGGAUGCCUUCAGCUUAUGGCCACACAAAUGGACACCAUAUGGUCAAUACGAAUUCAAUGGCUUUGACAAAUGGACAAACACCUACAUCAGCGAUUGCUGCAUCAACUUCAUCACCAGCACAUCGACAUGCAGCCGGUAUAGGAUCAAUGAAUGCUGGUAAUCAUGGUGGUGGCAGUGUUGGUCAUCCAUCAAAUCAAACCCAAACACAUGGUCCACCGCAAACACCACAAACCAAUGAAGAGGUCGGAAUCAGAGAAGUUUGGGCACAUAAUCUUGAAGAAGAAUUUAUUCGAAUUUGUAAGAUUGUACAACAUUAUCCAUUCGUUGCGAUGGAUACAGAAUUUCCAGGAGUAGUGGCCAAACCGAUUGGUCAAUUUACAUCCAAUUCUGAAUACAUGUAUCAGAUAAUGCGUUCGAAUAUUACAUUGUUGAAGAUCAUACAAAUUGGCUUGACAUUUAUGAAUGCUGAUGGUAAAAAACCUGAUGGCCAUUGUACUUGGCAAUUCAAUUUCCGUUUCAAUUUGAAUGAAGAUAUGUAUGCACAUGAAUCGAUAGAAUUGCUCACAAAUUCUGGCAUACAAUUCAAUAAACAUGAUCAAGAUGGUAUUGAUCCAACUGAAUUUGCUGUAUUGAUGUUUGGUUCUGGUUUGAUUUUAACUGAUCAAAUUUCCUGGCUAUCGUUUCAUUCGGGAUAUGAUUUUGGUUAUUUGCUCAAAAUGUUAACCGAUAAACAGUUGCCGAAAAAAGAAUCAGAAUUUUUUGAUUUAUUGAAAACAUAUUUUCCACGAAUUUAUGAUUUAAAAUAUUUGAUGAAAAGUACCAAAGAUUUGAAAGGUGGUUUACAAGAGGUUGCUGAAGCAUUAACUUUGGUUCGUAAAGGUCCACAACAUCAAGCCGGUAGUGAUAGUCUAUUAACGGGCGAAACAUUUUUCAAAUUGAAAGAAAUGUAUUUCGAAAAUGAUAUCGAAGAAAAACGUUAUUCCGGAUUUCUUUAUGGUCUUGAAACGGCUGAAACGGGAAAAAUUGAAACAGAUGAUGAUUUAACAGCUUCAAAUCCUACUGCUACUAAUAAUACUGGCAAUCGCAAUACGCCCAUUACUAGUACUACUACCAUUUCAUCAUCAUUAUCUGUAACAAAUUCAACAACAACAAAUGGUGGAUCGAUCAUCGUAUCAUCGAGUGGUAACAAUAACACAUCAAAUGGUAGCAAUAAUAGUGGAUCGAAUAAUGAUUCAGCUGUUGUUAGUGGUGGUAAAAUAGAAGAUGUGAAUAUAUCCGAUGCUAAUAAUUCUGAAAAUUCAAUCAUCACAUCUUCAUCAACAUCAAAUUCGACGACUAUAAAUCCACAACAAACGCCCACAAGCAUUUCUAGCUGAAUCAUUUUCAUUUUUUCUUCCUUUGUGUUGUGUUUCGUUUUUUCAUUUUCUGCCUAACUGUCAAUCAAUCAUUAU